ACCUCCCGCACCACCCGCCGACCGUCUCUUGCGACAACACGUGCUUCCACCACAAUCUACACGGCACGCUGAUUCGCGAGAGUUGAAAGAAGAGAUCUACAAUUAACCGCAGCAGCAACUUUCACCCGGGCGUCCACCGAGAGCGUGCGUCACCCCGCGGGCGAAGACAGAACAACACCGCCGAAUCGAUAAUCAUGAUCAUGAAGCUGGUGCUAGCCGCUUCCGCGGCCUUCGCAAGCCUUACCCCGGCUAGCGCGUUCGUCACCACCGCUCCUAGAGUGGCUUCAUUGCCAGCAGCAGGGCAACAGUACCGCUCCUUCACCUCGACGCAUGCCGGUGCUAGAGGUGCAGUCGCAGCACCGUUGUCCAUGAUGUCGGGUGACGGGCAAGCGGGGCUGGUGACUGUCUACCACAAGGAGACCUGCCCGUACUGCAAGAAGGCGUUGGCCCUUCUGGAGAAUGACUACUCGCUGCAGGUGACGCGCGUGAAUGUGCUGGAGGGCGAGGACAGCGAGAAGAAGAUAAAGCAGAUGAAGACCUUCAGCGGAGCUAACACCGUCCCUCAGGUUUUCUUUAACUCGGAACACCUCGGCGGAAACGAUGAUGUCCAGAAGCUCCACGAAGACGGAAAGCUCGAGGAGUUGGUGAAGAAAGUGCGUGCGGAGGCCCCGGGGAUGAUGAAAGAUUCCUGGUACCACCCGUGGUACUGACCAGUCAAGGGUAGGAAGGGCGCCGCCGGUGGACGAGUGCUACCGGUGUAGAGCCAUUGUCCGUGUGAAGUUUGUCUGUUGUUGUUGAUUGUUUUCCUGGUUUCAAUAGAGGAAUUGUUUUCCAUGCUGUUCUGGCAAUUUUCAGCAGUUGCGGGUCGCCACGUUCAUAUUAGAGAUAAACGCCCCAUGGAUGCAUGAUUUGAUCGACGGUCGGGCACCCUCCGGAGUGCAGGACUUGCUUGGACGAUGGAGGGGUGAUUUUUCUGUGUGGUUGCGUAAUGUGUGUGCUAUCAGCAGUUUUUUAGAGGAGGCAACAGAGUAGUAGCCGUGAGUUUGACAGGGUGGUAGUAGAAUCUGGACAUGCUUGUCACUGCACCAACUGUUCUUGGAGACGGGUGACGGCGCUAUUUGGGGGCGCCCUUUCUUGGUUGUUGGCAAUUGUGGAGGUUUGUGUUCUUGUCGGCGGCAUUUUGUGUGCGAACGGUUCUUGACUUCGCACAUCGGUCCUUGCGGACGGGAUAUGGGUGAUUGUGAUUGGUUGUCUUGGUUGCUGUUUG